CUGAACGUUGCAAUACCUGGGUUUUUCGAGGGCUACCCAAUGGGACGCGCCACAGUUCAACGUAUUCACGGGACCUUCGGAACCGCGAAGAUGGAGCUUUCACCCGGAUUGCUUUGAAGAAGCAAGAUUUGUUUUUCAUAUUUAUUUUUAAUAUCGCGCAACUUCAAUGGCGCCAUAAAGAGAGCGGUUCUACACAUUGCGGGGGACCACGCAACAAAGUGGUGUCCGCCGAGCGGUUUUCCAGCGGCGGCCCCAAUGCGAGCUCUGCGCUCUGGGCCGCAGCCAUGCAGCCUUCUUCGUCCAGCACCCUGGGUUCCAUUGCGAGCGUACUACCCACCUUGGAGGCAGCGGCCAACAACACCACCGGGAUCGGUCAGGACGGCCAGGUGUCCUCCGGCCAGCUGGACAGUUGGGACCUGUCCUGCCGCUACAUCAUCGGCACCUUCCUCUCACUCAUCAUCCUGACGGCCAUCACCGGCAACAUUCUUGUCUGCCUGGCCAUCUACACGGAUCGCCGGCUCCGCAAGCUGGGCAACCUCUUCCUCGUUUCUCUGGCCGUGGCCGACUUGUUUGUGUCCUCACUGGUGAUGACGUUCGCGGUGGUUAACGACCUCAUGGGAUACUGGGCGUUCGGCCCCCAGUUCUGCGACAUCUGGAUUGCCUUCGAUGUGAUGUGCAGCACGGCGUCCAUUCUGAACUUGUGCGCCAUCAGCAUGGACCGUUUUCUGCACAUCAAGGACCCGCUGGGCUACGGCCGCUGGAUGACCAAGCGUGCCGUGCUGGGCACCAUCUGUGCCAUCUGGAUGUUGUCAGCGUUGAUGUCGUUUCUGCCCAUCUCGCUGGGCUGGCACCGGCCGUAUCCGGACUCACUGCUUCUGGUCAACGGACUCACAAUGUGUGCGCUGGACUUGACGCCGGAGUACGCGGUCACAUCGUCUCUCAUUAGCUUCUACAUGCCCUGCGUGGUCAUGGUGGCGUUGUACACGCGGCUCUACCUGUACGCGCGCAAGCACGUGCAGAACAUCCGCGCCGUCACCAAGCCCAUGAACCACAAAGACAUGAGCCCCACCAAGUUCCGCAGCAUGGGACAGUCCUCGCUGCACGUGAUGGACCACAAAGCCGCCAUCACGCUCGGAAUCAUCGUGGGCGUGUUCCUCUGCUGCUGGGUGCCCUUCUUCUGCGCCAACAUUGUGGCCGCCUUCUGCAAGACCUGCAUCUCCGAAGAUUGCUUCAAGUUUCUCACCUGGCUGGGCUACCUCAACUCGGCGCUCAACCCAAUCAUCUACAGCAUCUUCAACACGGAGUUUAGGGACGCCUUCCGCAGGGUCAUCACGGCUCACGCAUGCUGCAAGGCGCUCGCCGAGAGGGCGAGGGCACCCAGCGACCUCUCCUAUCGCACCAAGAGAAGCACCAUUUGCGAGACGCCCAGGGCGAACAGUGUGGCCAAUUCCGCGGGAUGCCGAAGCAACAACAACACUGCCGAACGCAUUUCUCUCCGCGCCGAAGUCGACACCCGGGUCGAGAUCAGCGUGAAGAGCGUGGGCGAGAUCUCGGCCAUAUAGCAGCGAGUGUACUGCGGGGACACCGUCUUGACAACCACAACAACGUGAGGACACAGCGCCCGUGGCUUGCUCCCUCCAGGUUCCGGAGCCAGGCUGGCUGUUUCCCGUCGCGUGGGAGUUCUCCCUAUGGAUGAACUGUAGGGCAGAUACUCCGUAGCGUUAUGCCGCACACUACUUAGGAGCCCAGGCACGCUCGCCGCACCCCCUUAAUUUAUUACCCACUGCACCUGGCUGCAAUGACGACCGGGUCUACCUGCGACACUACCUCAGCCUGCGGUCUUCCAAGCUGCUGAACGCGGACACGGACGGAAGCGUCCGUCGCGUGCGCUAGGAGGCGCUCUGUCGCCGGUUAGAGACCGGGUCAGCGUGAAACCCGACAAUCGGUCACAUUUACACAACCACAUGAGCAUCUACAAGCGGAGGCUGGUCCAUGAACAGUCGGCUGUCGUUGUCGUUUUCCUGUGUGUGGAUGUGAGGUUUUCUCCAAGCCGACUCUGCAAACGGUCCCAAAGUUGUGUCUCCCCGUCGCUGCCACGAUGCCCUCGACAGUGACCGAACGCCUUGUCGUGCCCACGAGCAUCACGUCGUAUACUGUGUUGUGUGUUGUGUCCGCAGCGGGGAUAUGUCUCGCUCCCUCCCCUUCUUUGUAGCUUUUAGUCCGCGACCUAACGUCAAAGUGGCCUCUUUGGGGGUCCGUCGUCUCACGCUAACGUUUCGCGCGUGCUCACUCCGUGGCAGGUCAGAAGAAAGAAGAAAGACGAAGAAGAGAGCAAAUAAAUUCUCCUUGAAAACGUGAGGGACAAGACACAACCUGUAGAUGGUAAUCUCAACUGGACAAGUGCCGUAUUUUUCGGUUGAAUAAACGGAUUUCCUGUUUUGUUAACGCCGUU